UCGAGCAGAACAUGGCGCCAGCUCUCCUAUUUACAUUACGGCUCUAUGUAAUCUAUGCAGAUCUUGAGCGCCGAUCAGAACAUCGUGCAUGAUAUUAUAACUGAACAGCCUGUCCGGUGUGGCCAUGCUCAACGAAUGGCGGAUGACAGAUUGCCUAAGAAGGGUCUAGAAUGGGUCCCUCCGAAAAGAAGACGUAAGGGACAUCCAGCAAAAUCGUGGAUCGGUGGCAUUGAAGAUGAAAUUAUAAAUAUCGCAAAGCACGCCACGUCGGCGCCGCUGAAUUUCGGGGUUCUUGUCUUCUCGGAUUAUGAUGUUUCCUGUCUUAACUACCUAUGUCAUUCGAAGCAUCGCAUACUUCGAUCCCGCGGGUACCCGUAUCCAGUGGCGUGGCGUGAAUGAUCGAUUAUCGAUAUUUUCCCAUCUGAAGCUAUGUUAAAGAAUCUAUGAUUAAGGUUUUCGUUGCGAACACCCUGUGCAGUGUACAUAGAUCCUCGUCCAUAGGUUUACAUGACAGAUCAAUCGAUUUAUCGCAACAAAUAUCUCUCCGUCUUUCAAUCCCUCUAUCGAAUACCUACUACUAUAAUCGGUCGUCCAAAGCGUUGCUUACAAAUCUUGAAAUUUAUUCUGUUCAGGAUUUUGGAUGGAGAACGCCGAAGCUAAAAAUCUAACGGAAAGAGCACUCAGCAAUCAGCACACCUGAAGACUACAAUCCAGUGAAUCCACCAAUCGAUAAAAGUGUGAAGGAUCCCCAGGGAGACGUGUCGAGGAUUUAUUGCACGAGCCCUUCAAUGCAGGCCGUGCCUGAAGCAAGCACCAGCUCGGAGUCUAGCGGUAUGUCUGGCAACCCAUCUUCCCACUCCGUAGAAAGUAACCUUGAAGAUUCCGACAAUCCCCGACUCGCAUCAGUAGAAGAGACCCAAGAAACCUUCCUCUCGUCCAUCUUCGAUUGUCCCUCCGCUCUUCCCCCCAAAAUCGAAUGCGAGGAUGAAAAAGUUGAUGCAAGUUGGACUAACCAGCUACGUACAAGUAUUGACAUUAAGAGUGAACCCACUCCCCAGACGGAUGGGUCAGAACUCAGGUUGGGACGAGGAGGAGCAGAACACGAUUUGGAGAAUGAUAUUCGUGAUUUUCUCCUAAUAACAGAGCGAGUGAAGAGAGAGAACAUGAGCACUCCACUUCCCGACGAAUGUAAUGAAAAUUUGCUUGACGUAUCACUCACGAAUAUUGAAAUUAAGAGUGAACCCCCUGCCCAAACAAACGAAGCGGAAUCCAAGUUGGGAAAAGCAAAAAGAGAACUCGAUUUGGACUUAAAUUAUAGAGAUAGUGUCUCGAUGGCAGAGCGAGUAAAGAUAGAAAACAUUGAGACUCCCCAUCCCGACGAAUGUGAUGAAAGUUUGGCUGACCAGUUACAUACGGAAAUCGAAAUUGAGAGUGAGCCACCUCUCCAAAUGGGUAAGUCUGAAGUUAGGUUGUAUAAUAAGGACGGAGAGCUCGAUUCGGAGGUUGAUUUUCGUGCUUUCGUCCCGAAGAUAACGUCACUGAAAAGAGAGAGCAUCGGCACUACCUAUCUCGGACAGGCCGAAGAGAACGUAGGCAAGAGAACGAGAACCCUUGCAAACGGUGAAAAAAGGAACGCUCGACACAUACAUGUAAAUAUGAGUACAGUAUCCAUGAGAGAUUCGAAAAAAAUGAAUGCCAAACAAUCAAUAUGCAAUGUUUGCGCUACAUCUUUUACUACGAAAACCUCAAUGGCGCGACAUAUUCAAAUAAAAAGUGGCGAGAAACUAUUCAGUUGCAGUCAUUGCUCCUCCUCUUUCAGUAUGAAACACAAUCUCAAGGUACAUAUGCGAAUGCACACUGGCGAGAAACCAUUCAGUUGCAGUCAUUGCACGGCAUGCUUUGCUCACGAACAUUCUUUAACGGAACAUGUUCGCACGCAUACUGAGGGGAUAUCAUUCAGUUGCAGUCAUUGCUCCUCCUCUUUCAGUAUGAAACACAAUCUCAAGGUACAUAUGCGAACGCACACUGGCGAGAAACCAUUCAGUUGCAGUCAUUGCACGGCAUGCUUUGCUCACGAACAUUCUUUAACGGAACAUGUUCGAACGCAUACUGGUGAGAAACCAUUCAGUUGCAGCCGCUGCUCCUCCUCUUUCGGUAGAAAAAACAGUUUAGAGAGACACUUGCGGACUCACACUGGCGAGAAAUCAUUCAGUUGCAGUCAUUGCUCGGCCUCUUUUGCUGAGAAAAGUAAUUUGACAAAACACAUCCGGACGCAUACUGGAGAGAAACCAUUCAAUUGCAGUCAUUGCUCGGCCUCUUUUGCUAUGAAAUAUAACUUGACAACACACAUCCGAACUCAUACCGGCGAGAAACCAUUCAGUUGCAGUCAUUGCACGGCAUCCUUUACUCAAAAAGAUGCUUUAACGAAACAUGUUCGAACGCAUACUGGUGAGAAACCAUUCAGUUGCAGCCAUUGCUCCUCCUCUUUCAUUACGAAACAAAAUCUCAAGGUACAUAUGCGAACGCACACUGGCAAGAAACCAUUCAGUUGCAGUCAUUGCUCGGCCUCUUUUGCUGUGAAAAGUAACUUGACAAGACACAUCCGAACGCAUACUGGCGAGAAACCAUUCAAUUGUAGUCAGUGCUCCUCCUCUUUCACUAGUAAAGACAUGCUAAAGAAACACAUGCGAGCGCACACUGGCGAGAAACCAUUCAGUUGCAGUCAUUGCACGGCAUGCUUUGCUCAAAAACAUUCUUUAACGGCACAUGUUCGCACGCAUACUGGUGAGAAACCAUACAGUUGCAGUCAUUGCACGGCCUCUUUUGCUGAGAAAAGUAAUUUGACAUCACACAUCCGAACUCAUACUGGCAAGAAACCAUUCAGUUGCAGUCAUUGCUCGGCCUCUUUUGCUGUGAAAAAUAACUUGACAAGACACAUCCGAACGCAUACUGGCGAGAAACCAUUCAAUUGUAGUCAUUGCUCCUCCUCUUUCACAAGUAAAGACAAGCUAAAGAAACACAUGCGAGCGCACACUGGCGAGAAACCAUUCAGUUGCAGUCAUUGCACGGUAUGCUCUGCUCAAAAAAAUUCGUUAACGGCACAUGUUCGCACGCAUACUGGUGAGAAAUCAUUCAGUUGCAGUCAUUGCUCGGCCUCUUUUGCUGAGAGAAGUAAUUUGACAAAACACAUCCGGACGCAUACUGGAGAGAAACCAUUCAGUUGCAGUUAUUGCACGGCAUGCUCUGCUCGCAAUCAGUCUCUAACGGCACAUGUUUCCACGCAUACUGGUGAGAAACUAUUCAGUUGCAGUAAUUGCUCCUCCUCUUUCAGACGGGAAGAGCACUCAGCAAUCAGCACAUGUGAAGACUCCAAUCAAGUGAAUCCACCAAUCGAUAAAAGUGUGAAGGAUCCCCAGGGAGACGUGUCCAGGAUUUAUUGCACGAGCCCUUCAAUGCAGGCCGUGCCUGAAGCAAGCACCAGCUCGGAGUCUAGCGGUAUGUCUGGCAACCCAUCUUCCCACUCCGUAGAAAGUCGCCUUGAAGAUUCCAACAAUCCCCAACUGGCAUCACUAGAAGAGACCAAAGAAACCUUCCUCUCGUCCAUCUUCGAUUGUCCCUCCGCUCUUCCCCCCAAAGUCGAAUGCGAGGAUGAAAAAGUUGAUGCAAGUUGGACUAACCAGCUACAUACAAGUAUUGACAUUAAGAGUGAACCCACUCCCCAGACGGAUGAGUCAGAACUCAGGUUGGGACGAGGAGGAGCAGAACACGAUUUGGAGAAUGAUAUUCGUGAUUUUGUCCUAAUAACAGCGCGAGUGAAGAGAGAGAACAUGAGCACUCCACUUCCCGACGAAUGUAAUGAAAAUUUGCUUGACCUAUCACUCACGAAUAUUGAAAUUAAGAGUGAACCCCCUGCCCAAACAAACGAAGCGGAAUCCAAGGUGGGAAAAGCAAAAAGAGAACUCGAUUUGGACGUUAAUUAUCGAGAAAGUGUCUCGAUGGCAGAGCGAGUAAAGAUAGAAAACAUUGGGACUCCCCAUCCCGACGAAUGUGAUGAAAGUUUGGCUGACCAGUUACAUUCGGAAAUCGAAAUUGAGAGUGAGCCAUCUCUCCAAAUGGGUAAGUCUGAAGUUAGGUUGUAUAAUGAGGACGGAGAGCUCGAUUCGGAGGUUGAUUUUCGUGCUUUCGUCCCGAAGAUAACGUCAGUGAAAAGAGGGAGCAUCGGCACUACCUAUCUCGGACAGGCCGAAGAGAACGUAGGCAAGAGAACGAGAACCCUUGCAAACGGUGAAAAAAGGAACGCUCGACACAUACAUGUAAAUAUGAGUACAGUAUCAAUGAGAGAUUCGAAAAAAAUGAAUGCCAAACCAUCCAUAUGCAAUGUUUGCGCUGCAUCUUUUACUACGAAAACCUCAUUGGCGCGACAUAUUCAAAUAAAUAGUGGCGAAAAACCAGUCACUUGCAGUCAUUGCUCCUCCUCUUCCAGUAGUAAAUACAAUAUAAAGCAACACAUGCGAACGCGCACUGGCGAGAAACCAUUCAGUUGCAGUCAUUGCACGGCAUGCUUUGCUCACAAACAUUCUUUAACGGAACAUGUUCGCACGCAUACUGGUCAGAUAUCAUUCAGUUGCAGUCAUUGCCCCUCCGCUUUCAGUACGAAACAAAAUCUCAAGGUACAUAUGCGAACGCACACUGGCGAGAAACCAUUCAUUUGCAGUCAUUGCUCGGCCUCUUUUGCUACGAAAAGUAACUUGACAGCACACAUCCGAACGCAUACUGGCGAGAAACCAUUCAAUUGCAGUCAUUGCACGGCAUGCUUUGCUCAAAAACAUUCUUUAACGGAACAUGUUCGAACGCAUACUGGUGAGAAACCAUUCAGUUGCAGUCAUUGCACGGCAUGCUUUGCUCAAAAGUCUGCUUUAACUAAACAUGUUCGAACGCAUACUGGUGAGAAAUCAUUCAGUUGCAGUCAUUGCCGCUCCUCUUUCAGUACGAAACAAAAUCUCAAGGUACAUAUGCGAACGCAUACUGGCGAGAAACCAUUCAAUUGCAGUCAUUGCUCCUCUUCUUUCGCUAGUAAAGACAAUUUAAAGAAACACAUGCGAGCGCACACUGGCGAGAAACCAUUCAGUUGCAGUCAUUGCACGGCAUGCUUUGCUCACAAACAUUCUUUAACGGCACAUGUUCGAACGCAUACUGGUGAGAAACCAUUCAGUUGCAGUCAUUGCGCGGCGUGCUUUGCUCGCAAAUAUUCUCUAAAGGCACAUGUUCGCACGCAUACUGGUGAGAAACCUUAUAGUUGCAGUUAUUGCACGGCAUGCUUUGCUCAGAAAACUAAUUUGAUAAUUCACAUCCGGACGCAUACUGGUGAGAAACCAUUCAGUUGCCGUCAUUGCUCGGCCUCUUUUGCUGAGAAAAGUAAUUUGACAAAACACAUCCGGACGCAUACUGGAGAGAAACCAUUCAGUUGCAGUCAUUGCACGGCAUGCUUUGCUCACAAACAGUCUCGAACGGCACAUGUCUCCACGCAUACUGGUGAGAAACUAUUCAGUUGUAGUCAUUGUUCGGCGUCCUUCCGCGGGAAUGUCACUUUAAAGAGACAUUUGCGAAUGCAUACUGAUGGAAAACUGUACUGAUGCAGUCACUGCUCAUCCUCUUUUCGGCGGAAAAGGCAAUUGAAGGAGCAUACUCCGAUAAACCAUGCAUUUUCACUCAGUGCUCUGCCUUUUUGUCCAGAAAAAGCCGUUUAAAUCAACGCAUACGACACACGCCGGUGUGGGACCUUUUAAUUGUAGGCUUCUCUCAGCUUGGUUCUCAUAAAUAGUUUCUCCAAGGGUACAUAUUCGAUCGCACACCGGAGAAAAACGAUACUCUGAUCAUUGACAAUUUCAAGUUGAGACUAUACAGAUGACGUCAUUUGUAUUUGUGUCAUUCAAGCAAUGUUAAUCUUAAUUAGUUUCGGAGUUCAUUUCCACACUCCCCAUCCGUCUCAUGACUUCGAUUUGCUCGUAAAAUUUUAUAGAGGAAACACGUCGCGCAGUGCUCUAAUUCCUCUCGUGGCUAGAGAACCAAGACAUGUUGAUUAUGAAAGCUUGUUUCUAGUUUUGCUUUUUUCCGAAGUGACUUUCUCUUCAUCAUAUUUUGUAAGAGAAUAUAUUGCAGAUAUUUCCAUUUGAA